GCAGAGCAGUCAGUGCAGACAGUGAGAAGCUUUGUUUCCGUCUCGGUUCCUCUUUAGGUUCAGGAGUUCCUCUUUCUUCCCGGUGGUGAAAGUUCUCAGACUCUGUGCUGGUUCUGGUUUGUUGGUUCUGAUUGGAUCUAGUUCGGCACCAUGUGUACCGGUAAAUGUUCCCGUUUUGUGGCGAGCGCUCUGUACCCGCUGGCCUUCAUCUCCAUCGUCUGUAACAUCAUCCUCUUCUUCCCCGGCUGGAAGGUGAAGUACGCUCAGGACGGAUCCCUGACUGAGGAGGUGAAGUACAUGGGGGGUCUGGUCGGAGGAGGACUCAUGGUCGUGGCUCCGGCGCUCUUCAUUCAUGUCACCGGUCAGAGAGGAUGCUGUGCUAACCGCUGUGGGAUGUUCAUGUCCAUCCUGUUCGCUGCAGUAGGAGUGUGUGGCGCCCUCUACAGUUUUGCAGUGGCGCUGAUGGGGCUGAUUAACGGGCCGUACUGCAGAUAUAACCUGGUCAUGUGGGGAACGCCGUUCAAAGACAAGUCGGAGAGUUACCUGGCGCACCGGGACUGGUGGGGGAGCUGUUCGGAGCCGGAGAACGUGGUGGAGUUUAACGUGGGCCUGUUCUCCACCCUGCUAGUGUGUAGCGGGCUGCAGUUCCUCCUGUGUGCUGCUCAGAUGAUCAACGGCCUGGCGGGCUGCCUGUGUGGAGCCUGUGUGGAUAAAGGGCCUCUGUAAGUGCCCCUGUAACACCCCCCCCCCCCCCAAUACCCCCCUGACUGAUGCCAGGUUUUGGAAGUCACCAAUAUUCACCAAUAUUUAACCCAUCAGCGUCGCCUUCACUAUAACGAAGCUUUAACUGUGUGUGUUUAUUAUCGACCUGCUGUUAAAUAACUUUUAUUUCAUAAUCAGAUCAGAUUCAGUUUCAAGUGACUCUUAAGAAGAACAUGCUAAACAUUCAUUAUUAUAUAUUAUAUUAUCAUUCAUUUCUGUCAUUUAUGGCAUAAUAAUCAGCUUCAUAAAAACAGCAGCACAAAAUUCUUCUGAAUUUAUUAAAUAAUACUGUAGAAUAAAUAUUACCCCCCCCCCCCCCCCCCCCCCCCCCCCGUUUUCACUAUAUGAAGUGAAAUGAAUUCGACUGCUUUUACCAUUUUAGAAUUAAAACCUGCGUUAUUAUUAAUAAUUAUAAUUUUUAUUUCUACACUUGAUGGAUUUGUUUGUUUUUUGUUAUAAUCUUUAAUAAAAGACUUUGUUUACCAAA